UCUUUCUCUGCAAGUUUCCCUUAAAACUGACUAGAACACCUUGAGGCUUGAAGGCAUCAAGUGAACCCACAAGAGCAUAGAUGGCAACUAAGAUGAGCUUAAAGAUUCUGCUAGACAAGAGCAGAAACAAGGUCCUCUUCGCAGAAUCUGGAAAGGACUUUGUGGAUGUCCUCUUCAGCCUCUUGAGAUUGCCUGUUAGCACCAUAGUGAGACUCCUCACCCCAGCUAAAACCACGACUUGCUGCAUAGGCAAUGUCUAUUCCAGCGUAGAUAAUCUUGACAAGCUUUACUUGCAACCAAACGUGGAUAAAUCUCAGCUUUUGCAGCCCAAGAUUAGUUCUUUAGGCAAUGAAAUGCAAAUGCUACUCAUGCAGAGUGACUGUGAAGAAAUGAAGCCGAGCUAUUAUUGUUGUCCUAAGCGUAUGGAUUUGAUGAGUAGUUGUUGGAAUUAUGUGAGCAAUGUGAAGGGGGCUUCGUGCGGUGGUUGUGGAGAGAAGAUGAUGGCUGAGAUGAGUUUCGUCGAGGGACAAGGCUCGUCGACGGUGGGGAAUGGUGGUGGUUGUUCUGUUGGAGGAGAUGCAGGAGAAGGAGGAGGGUAUGUGAAUGAGGUGAUGACUUAUAUGAUUACUGAUGAUCUGGAGGUGAAGCCAAUGUCUACCAUCUCUAGUAUUGCCCUUCUUAAUAGGUAUGAUGUCAAGAAUGUUGGAGCCUUGGAGGAUAGGGUCGUUCAUUUCCGCAGGAAAAAGGUUUUGGAUUUGUUGAGGGCUUCAUUGCAGUCUAAGUCGGUUCUUACGGAUGUCUUCCUUAAGGAAGGGAUUAAAUAUGAACCAUGUUCUUCACCAGCACUGCCAGCACCGCCACUGCCACCAUCACCCUCUUCCCGGCCUAGGCCCUCCCUGGUCCCUGUCUCCACCUCUGCCACCACCAUCACCACCCCAAUUACAGAUGGACAAAUCUGUUCGGAAACAGAUCUCUUUCGUGGAAUUAGACCUGCUAUUAACGUCGACUUAUCUGUCAGUCGCGUUGGGUCUGCCGCUCAGUUGAAACCUAUGAAACAAGUCCACGGUAGUUCAAAACUGGAAUUGGCCCAAUAUCGCGAAGUGGCCACCCUUGCUCAAUGUGGGUCAGACCAUUCUCCAGCCCAACCCAGCCCCAGCCCCAGCCCCAGCCCCAGCCCCUUAGCCCAUCGACUCCGGCCCCCGCCCCGGCCCCGGCCCAAGCCCAAGGCCAAGGCCGAGGCCGAGCCCAAGCCCACAACACCAUCAUCAUCACCACCCCUUUCCCGGCCCCAUCUCCACCCUCGCCGCCACCACCACCACUGCCCUCUCCCAAAUAAAAAUAGAGAAUCUAUGAACUAUCAAAUGAAUUUCUUAUUUUUAAAAUAUUUGAGAUUGAUCCAACCAAAAGAAUUUCAAUUUCUUGACCAAAAAUCUAUUUGUUGA